CGCGUCCCUCAAUAGUCUAGUCGUCUCUGUCUGAAAUUGCCCCAAAAAAACAAAGGAAAAAAAGAGAAAAAAGCUUGCCUUAGCGUGUCAUUUGUUUGACUCGGUGAAUAUAUUUUCUUUUGUAUUCUUAUCCCAAUUCAUGAAGCACACUAUGUUCUUUCCCAUCACAACUAUUUGUGACUCUCUCUCUCUGCACAAUUCUUGGUCUAGUCUUCCUUUUCUGCUGUUCACUGUGCCUUACCCUUUGUUUUGGGCAAACUGAUGUUUCCAUGUUGUUUAAGAGUUGACUAGCUAAAUAUCCCAGGGUGUGUUCUUAGGAGGGUUGCAGCUAUGGAGUCUAUAGAUUUUAUGCUGCAGUUUCAUUAGAUACCGAUUUUGGUGAAUUAUUAUAAUAAAUUGUUCUUGGCUUUUUGUUAACGAUGGUUGUGGGUAGCCAAAUUUUUGUUGCUAGUUUCUUUCUGCUGAUUCUCCGUGGCAUGGUUUAUGGGACUGAUAGUGAUAUAUUCUGCUUGAGAAGUGUAAAGAAUGCGCUAAAGGACCCUUACAAUUAUUUGCAAUCAUGGAAUUUCAACAACAACACAGAAGGGUACAUAUGCAAGUUUAUUGGGGUUGAGUGUUGGCACCCUGAUGAGAACAGAGUCUUGAACAUCAAAUUGUCUAACAUGGGACUCAAGGGUCAGUUUCCUCGCGGAAUUCAAAAUUGUUCAAGCUUAACUGGAUUAGAUUUUUCGCUUAACAGAUUGUCUCAGACCAUUCCGGCGGAUAUAUCCACCCUUCUUACAUUCGUGACAUCUCUUGAUCUAUCUUCAAAUGAUUUUACUGGGGAAAUACCUGGAUCCCUUGCAAACUGUACCUAUCUUAAUAAUCUUAGACUUGACCAAAACCAACUCACUGGUCAAAUUCCUGCAAACUUGAGUCAGCUCCCUCGGCUUAAGUCGUUUAGUGUUUCCAAUAAUUUUUUGACAGGGCUAGUUCCACCCUUUAAAACUGGUAUAGCUAAUGCAGAAAAUUAUGCAAAUAAUUCAGGCCUCUGUGGUGGUCCCUUGGAGGCUUGCCAGGCCAAGUCUUCAAAGAGUAACACUGCAGUUAUAGCUGGAGCAGCUGCUGGUGGUGUGACUGUUGCAGCAUUAGGACUGGCCAUUGGAAUGUUCUUCUAUGUGCGCCGUCUUUCUUAUAGGAAGAAGGAAGAGGACCCUGAAGGAAACAAGUGGGCAAGAAGUCUAAAGGGAACUAAAACAAUAAAGGUUUCUAUGUUUGAGAAGGCAAUUUCAAAAAUGAACUUGAGUGAUCUCAUGAAAGCUACAAAUAACUUCAGCAAAAGCAAUAUUAUUGGGUCUGGAAGGUCAGGAACUGUUUACAAAGCUGUCCUUUCUGAUGGCACAUCACUCAUGGUUAAGAGAUUGCAGGAAUCUCAACACUCAGAGAAAGAAUUUCUGUCUGAGAUGUCUAUACUAGGGUCUGUCAAACACCGUAACUUGGUUCCUCUUUUAGGUUUCUGCCUGGCCAAAAAGGAGAGGCUUUUGGUCUAUAAAAAUAUGCCAAAUGGUACCCUCCAUGAUCAACUACAUCCAGCUACUGGUGCAUGCACCAUGGAUUGGCCUCUAAGGCUCAAGAUUGCAAUUGGAGCAGCCAAAGGAUUAGCAUGGCUUCACCAUAGCUGCAAUCCCCGCAUUAUCCACCGAAACAUAAGCUCAAAGUGCAUCUUGUUGGAUGUUGAUUUUGAGCCCAAAAUUUCUGAUUUUGGCCUUGCUAGAUUGAUGAACCCAAUUGACACACAUUUGAGUACUUUUGUAAAUGGGGAGUUUGGGGAUUUGGGUUAUGUUGCUCCUGAAUAUACAAAAACUUUGGUGGCUACACCUAAAGGGGAUGUUUAUAGCUUUGGUACUGUGCUUCUCGAGUUGGUGACAGGUGAAAGAGCUACACAUGUGGCUAGAGCUCCAGAAACUUUUAAAGGAAAUUUGGUAGAAUGGAUUGCACAGCUAACUAGCAAUGCAGAACUACAUGAUGCCAUUGAUGAAUCACUAGUUGGCAAGGGUGUGGACAAGGAGGUUUUCCAAUUUCUGAAGGUUGCAUGCAACUGUGUCACAGCAAUACCAAAGGAGAGGCCUACCAUGUUUGAAGUGUUCCAGCUUCUAAGAGCCAUUGGGAUUAAUUAUAAUUUCACAACUGAGGACGAGAUUAUGUUGCCUGAAGACACUGGUGAUGCUGAUAACUUAGAAGAACUCAUUGUAGCACGAGAUGGAUCGUGAUUGAGGAGGUAUGUGAGAUAUAAUUAGGGUAUGUACUCAAUUUCAAUAUGUAAGUAUUUCUUGCUUUGUGGCACUAAAAUAAAUGUUAGAUUUAUAUAUAGGUUUUAUGGUCUAGACUCUAGAUCCAUUUGUGUGCUUAUCAAAUAUUGAAACACCAAUUUAAUAUGAUCAAAAUCAUGAAUGCCCUUUAUAUAUAGGUGGCUUUGUUAUGA